AUGAUUCGCGAAAUCCCAAACUUGCAAAAGGAUAUCAUGAACAUCCAAGACCGUUAUCCAAACAACCGAGCCAUGGACGUCGGAAGAAACAGUCGGAAAAACACCAGCAAGCAAGAAUUACGUCGGACUUUCUCGGCGCAGAAAAGGUUGAUGAUUCCGGCGAGCUAUUUCAGUAUAGAGUCUCUGGUUCUGCUGGUGGGCCUAACGGCGUCUCUGUUAAUCCUUCCGUUAGUUUUGCCGCCGUUACCUCCGCCUCCGUUUAUGCUCCUUUUGAUUCCCAUUGGGAUUAUGGUCUUACUCGUCGUUCUUGCCUUCAUGCCUUCUUCUUCUUCUUCUUCUUCUUCUUCUUCCUCUUCUUCUAGUGCCAAAGAUGUAACUUACACUUUUAUGUAA